AUGCCUUCCAUGGCGAGCUCCAUCCACCCCGACUUCCGCGACGAUGUCACCUCAGCGGAAGCCCAUGCCGUGGACCGGGAAACAGAACGUCUAAUCCAUCAACAACUAGCUGCGGACAACGCAAGUGGCCGUGAAAGAUACAUUCAGCUCGCCAAAGAGAUGCUGCGUAUUAGAUUGCGCGCCUACAAGCCCGAGUCACCACCCGUUGCUGGUGCGUGGUGCCUGAUCGGAUCAGCACAUCUCAAGGCCUCUCAGCUGCAGGAAGCAAAGGAAGCCACUGAGAAGAGUCUGGAAAUAUAUGCCGCAGGAAACGAUGCUGAGAAAGAAAACUCGGCGGCAUUGGCGAGGGAACAGUUGGGUUUGAUCUUUGAAGGCUUGGGCCAGAUCUCCGAUGCUAAGAAAAUUCGACUGCAAGGUGCGAGUGAUGGAACGAUGGUGUGUUCGAGUCCACGGGUCACAUACUAUCAGCGCAACUACGGCAAUCGCGUAGACCCAAACCCAGCGCCAGUGUACCAGAACGAGAGUAGUCAUGUGGGCUCUAUGGGCCACGUCGACUUCGAUACGAUCAGCGAAGAGGUCGUGGCCAAGAAGGGUCGUCUCGGCCUCACACCAAUCACGCUCACCCAGGUCAUGUUUCCUAUCUGGCAAUCCAAAGGCUUCAAAUUGCUGUCGAAAGAGGCAAGCGCAAGGGCAGCCUCACCCCGAAGAAAGAGCGCAAGGCCAGCAGGGCCACAGACGACCCCAACCUCAAGCCGGCGCCGCAACAUCAACAACACCCCCGACCUCCAGGCCAACAGCAAGAAGCCGCGCAGAAACACGAUUUCCACCCCUCUCACCCCCGAAGACAAGGCCGCGGCCAAGCGCGCCUUCCAGGACACAACGAAGCCCAUAGACGAACAGUCCAUCCACAACUUCCAAGUCACGGAGGCAGAGGCUCACGAGUCUGGGCAUAUGCCAACGUUUGUGAGGAUGCCUCGACAGUGGGCACUAGACACAAACACCGAUCAGUACGACGCGCCGGCAUUUGGAAUGUACAGGGUUUUGGAGGAUAUGUUGAACGCUUUAGUGGGUUAUCGAGGUGCGAUACCGAACCUUGGAGGUAUAUGCUAUGUUCUGGGGCAACGCAAGGAGGGUAACUAG